AUGAAUACAGAUACUACGAAUUUACUUGAUGCGAACAUCCACAAAGUAACUUCCUCUGCUAAACUCGAUCAAAUCCUCAAUCUCCCUGGCUAUUCCGAUUUUGUUCUCAUACACGAGAACUUUGAUUUCUACACAUACUCGGCAUUCAGCGAAAAACGAAAAACACGCGUAAUUCUCAAGGGUAUCAUCAACGCUAAUUCUACUUCCGAAAACUUGAGCAAACUACGUCACGAGUGGGAACUGCUCAAUGGAUUGAAUAUCCCCGGAGUAUCACGUCCGGUUGCGUUCGAAUCUUUUUCAACUUACAGUCUAUUCCUCGUAUUCCCUAAUUCCAAUUACAUCACUCUACAUGAACGAUGCCAGAAGAGUCGAUCGGAUUCAUUAGAUUUACGCGAAUUUCUCGAGAUGGCUAUUGCCACUGUAUCAAUCUUGUCUAAUAUCCACAAAGCAAAGAUAAUACAUACAAACUUAACCCCUUAUGCUAGCAUUCUGGUACAUCCUGAAACCCUUGAUGUUUCAAUUACAAACUUUUCUCAUGCUUUGAGUUUAGAUCGAGAAGAGAAUGUGAGAAACUCCCAUUCCAUACUGUUAAGUAGAGAUCUGGCAUAUCUUGCGCCCGAAUGUACUGGUAGGAUGAACCGCUCGGUCGACAAAAGAUGCGAUUUUUACUCACUAGGCGUAAUAUUCUAUGAAAUGCUUACCCACGCCCUCCCAUUCACGGCCACUGAUCCACUAGAGCUUGUCCAUCAACACAUUGCUCAAGAACCUCAACCUCCUCAUUUGCUAAACAGCUCAAUCCCUAUACCUCUCUCGCGUAUUGUACAAAAACUCUUGAUCAAAACCGCCGAAGACAGGUAUCAGUCAGCUGAUGGGCUCAAGGCUGAUUUGGAGCUAUUACUGGAUAAAUUAAAGAACGGAAAUGAGAAACUAGAGGGACUGGAUGACUUUGUUGCUGGUGAAAUGGAUCGCAACAGUCUGUUUAUUAUAUCACAAAAGCUAUAUGGACGAAAAGCUGAAGUCAAACAAUUGACGGAGGCGUUUAGGAGAGUAAACGAACAGGGGAUUACCGAAUUUGUUGUUGUUAGAGGGUAUUCUGGUGUCGGCAAAUCGUCGCUAGUCUCCGAGAUGCAGAGGCCUGUUAUUGAAAGUAAAGGUUACUUUGUAUGGGGAAAAUUUGAUCAGUACCAUCGUAAUGUUCCCUUCUUCUCUUUAAUCCAAGUUUUUCAGGGUCUUAUUAAACAGAUUCUUAGCGAAUCACCGGAAUCUUUGUCUGUUUGGAAACACAAGAUAAUUGCUGCUCUUGGUGAUGAGGGUAAAGUGUUCACUGAUGUCAUACCAGACGCCGAAAAAGUCAUUGGCGAGCAACCACCCAUACCCAGAUUAGGUCCUGCAGAGUGCGAGGCAAGACUUAAUAAAGUUUUUCAGCGGUUUGUAAAAGUAUUUAGUUCGGAAAAGCGUCCACUUGUAAUCUUCCUUGAUGAUUUGCAAUGGUGCACACCGUCUGAAUUAACUUUAAUAAUGAAUAUAAUCUCAAACACGGAUUCACAACGGUUGAUGGUUAUUGGUGCCUAUCGAGACAAUGAGAUGCCUUCCAAGUACAGUUUGUUACUAUCUCAAGAGACUUCUACGCGUCGUAGUUACAAUUACACAGAGAUAUAUUUACAUCCAUUGGGUUUGAAUUUCGUCGGGGAAUUGAUUCAAGAAACCUUGGGGUACAAUUCGCCUGAACACAAUGUAACUGAACUGAGUGAGAUCGUUUAUUCAAAGACUCAAGGGAAUCCUUUCUUUGUGAUUCAGUUGCUGAAAUCUCUUUACCAGGAAAAUUUCCUUCGGUUUAGCUUCGAGACAAAACAAUGGGAAUGGUCAAUAAUCGCUAUAAGAGAGAAAGAGAUUGCACCAAAUAUCGUUGACCUCCUUGUUGGGCAAAUUCAAAAGCUCUCACCGGCCACUCAGAACGUUCUCAAAAUAGCUGCUUGUCUUGGUAAUAAGAAAUUCAUAUCCAAUAUACUUUCAGUCAUACUAGAGAAAUCUGUCGCGGAAGUAGCUCAAGACUUGUGGUUGGCAUUACAGCAAGGGUUUGUUCUGCCAGGAACACAAAACUACAAAUUUCCAUUAGCUUGUAAUACGUGCGAAGAUAAUGCGCAGAGUGAAGGGCAAAGAGAUUCGUUUAUUACCUCUUAUCGCUUUCUCCAUGAUCGCGUCCAGCAAGCAGCCUACACGUUAAUUCCACCAGAAAUGCGUUCCAAAACGCACAUGUGCAUUGGUCAACGUCUUUUAAAAUACACGCGCGAAGAAAAUCUCGACGACGAAAUCUUUGACAUUGUAAACCAACUUAACCAUGCUAUUGAACCUUCUCAGUCCAAAUCAUAUCAUUACGAACUGGCUACGCUCAACUUGAGAGCGGGCCGAAAAGCAUCGGAUAGUACUGCAUUUGAUAAUGCUAUCAAAUACUUGAAUAUCGGAAGAGAUCUUUUGGGCGAGGAUGGCUGGAAGGAAGAAUAUGAACUUACGUUGAAUUUGCAUAAUGCCCUUAUUGAAGCUUUGUAUUCUAACGGUAAUCAUGACGAGACAUUGAGUUUGAUCGAGUACGCUCUUGCAUAUGCAAAGACACCAUUAGACAAGUCAAAAAUGGUUGAUAAACAAGUAAAGUGUUAUAAUGGAAAAGGUGAAUUUAUGACUGCCAUCGAUUGCGGCCUAUAUGCACUUGAACUGUAUGGAUAUUCAAUUCCAAAAGAGAAAGAGGAAGUCGAAAAAUACUGCUGCAAGAUGCGAAAAGAACUAGCGGGGCUUACUAUCGAUGAGAUUGUAAAUCCCGGCUCUCUGCAGACGUCACUGGGUCCACUCGAACUAGCAGCAGUAGAUAUGUUAUUAACACUAAUGCCCACAGCAUACUUUGAACAGCACAAUAUGCUUUUCCCGAUCGUUGUGACCCUUGUUGUUAUAACAAUUCGUGUAGCCAAUUUUCCUUCAAGCGCAUAUGUAUAUUGUCUGUACGGAUAUAUGUUGAUCAGGCAAUUCAAAGACUAUAACACUGGGUACGCAUACGGCAAGUUGGCUAUUCAGAGGGCGCAAGAGGUUGACAGUCCUCUUAAUUGUGCAGUCUUUAUGACAUUUGCAAAUCAUAUUCAAUGUUGGAUGGAGCCGCUCAGAAAUUGUAUACCGAGUUACAGCACUGCCAUUCAUUUUGGUUUAGCAGCAUUCAAUUUGGAAUAUACUGUAUACGGAUGCACGGACUAUUGUUUUUUCGCUUUGUUUGCGGGAGAGUCAUUAGAAAGUCUUUCACAAAAGCUUAACGUAUAUCAUAAACAGACAACCAAAUUAAGACAUGGAUCGUGCAGCUUAUCCUUUAAUAUGGGCUAUCAGAUCAUCCUUAAUAUAACCAGCUUGGGAGAAAAUGAUCCGACAAAGUUGGAUGGAGAAUUGUUUUGCGAAGAAGGGAAUGUCCCGAGGUCACUUUUAUUUUUUUUGAAUCUUGUAAAGGGAUUUCUUUUCUUGCUAUUUGGGAGGCCAAAUGAGGCUCUACGAAGUAGUAAAGCAACUGAAAUGUAUACUGGGAUGGCUACGGGCUCAUGGUCUGGUGCAGCACAUCAAUUCUAUGCUGCGUGCGCAGUAUUGAGCAAAACAAAUGGCAAAAUACUUGAGGAGGAGUUCAACGUUAUCAGGAGCCAAAUAGAUCAAUUUGAGUACUGGGCGAACCUCAUACCAUGUACAUUUAAAAACAAGUACGUAUUCUUGCAAGCGGAAUAUGCAAGGGUACAAGGCAAUCAUUCUGAAGCAAUGGAUUUAUAUGAUGAAUCUAUCAAUCUUUCGAAAGAAUAUGGUUUUAUACACGAGGCUGGUCUGUUCAAUGAAGCUUGUGCCAAGUUUUACUUACAAAGACGGAAAAAGCGAGUUGCUGCCGAGUAUCUCCACGAUGCUUACCAAUGUUACUCUCAAUGGGGAGCGUUUCGGAAACUGAGUCACAUGAGAGAAUGUUACCCAGAUGUUUUCCCAACUGUUCCAAGCUCAUCAACUGUAUCUCUACCCGGUUAUCAUAACGAAAAUCUUCAAACUGAAAUCAUUCUUCCAGCACAUUCGAAUACCGAUUCGUCAACAAAUAAAUCACCAGAGAGGGAGCAAAGUAUAGUCAGUAAUAGCAAUUAUCCCUAUGAGACAAGUACGUCUUUGAUACCGAGUUUGACCGAGAAUCAUUCGUCUGCUCAACAGUCUGGAUCUGGGUUGGAUCUGAUGACCGCAAUGCGAGCUUCUUUAAUCAUUUCAGAGGAACUCGUUCUUGAAAAUCUUUUGACAAAGUUGAUAAAAAUACUUGUUCAGGCAGCUGGUGCUGAAUAUGCAAUAUUAAUAUUAGAAAACAAUGGUACAUUAUGCGUUGUUGCCCGGGGUAAUAUAAGUUCAAUUGAAGUACAGACUAAAGAUGUGGUUCUGGUCGAAUCCCAGCAUGAAUUACUUCCCGUUUCGGUUAUCAACUAUGUUGCACAUACGAGGGAACCUGUAAUUACUGAUAGCACUAAUUGUUUAUUUAAAAAGGAUCCUUAUAUAUGUAAAAAGCAACCAAAAUCUCUUUUAUGUACAGCCAUUCAAAAUCAAAGAAAUCUAGUCGGAAUUCUCUAUCUCGAGAACAAUCUUGUUAAUAAUGCUUUUGCCCAAGAGAGACUCGAAAUACUCAAAGUUUUGUUUUCUCAAGCUGCUAUAUCUAUUGAAAAAUCGAGGUUAUAUAAAGAUCUAGAAACAGCCAACAUAGACUUGAAGAGAUCCCAUGAAAAGAUUGAAGAAUAUUCAAGAACAUUAGAAAUGAAAGUUGAGACAAGAACACUUGAGCUACAAACAAAAAAUAUACAGUUGCUGCAACAGGUAAAGGAGAGGGAACAAGCAGAGAUCGAAUCAAAGAAGGCUAAGGAAGUGGCAGAAGCAGCAACAGAGAUGAAGAGUACAUUUUUGGCCACUAUGAGCCAUGAAAUACGCACUCCAUUUAAUGCGGUGAUUGGCAUGACAAAUCUUUUGCUCGAGACAAACUUGACCCCUAUUCAGCAGGACUAUGUGGAGACGAUAAAUGAAAGCAGUAAUGAGUUGCUGACUAUUAUUAACGACAUCCUCGAUUUCUCCAAGAUUGAGAAUGGCAAGCUAAAUAUUAAAAGAGCGUCAUUUUCUCUUCGUCAGUGCAUUGAGGGAGCUAUGGGUGUUGUCGCCGAGAGGGCAACGACAAAAGGAUUGGAGCUUGCAUACUUGAAUGAUUCAGAAGAAGAUAUGAUUAUCGUUGACUUGACACGAUUACGCCAGAUUGUGCUAAAUUUAUUGAGUAAUGCUGUCAAGUUCACGUACGCCGGUCAAGUAGUUAUUACAGCAAAUCUGAGAAGAAUAGCAAAACUUGGCGAAACAGAAGAUGGCGAGGACGGUGACCACUUUAAACCGUCUCAUGAGUUGUUGGUGUCAGUAGCUGACUCUGGCAAAGGAAUACCCAAAGAAAAGUUCAAUAGGUUAUUCAAAGCAUUUUCUCAGGUAGAGGACUCUACAGCUCGAUUUCACGCCGGGACGGGAUUGGGGCUCGCUAUCUCGGAGCGACUCUGCCAAAUUAUGGGGGGCCGCAUAUGGGUGGACAGCACCGUUGGAAUGGGAUCAACCUUCUAUUUUACAAUACCAACGAAAACGGUAGAAUCACCCGAGACGACUAACACAUUCGAGACUGCUGAUCUUCAGAGCAAGAAAUGCCUCAUAGUAUAUAAUAAUGAAGCUGGAAGGAAGGCAUUAAUGCAACACAUGAAAGCUUUUCGAAUUUUCGCCGAGGAAAUAAGUACAGCAAGAGAGCUUGAGAGUGUUAUUUCUCAAAAAGAAAAAACAUUCGACCUAAUUAUUCUCGACUGUAACCUACCCGAUAUGGAAUUGCUGACCGCUACUUCAUUGAUACGAAAAUUUGAACCAAACGUUAAUAUUUUAGCGACGGCAAAUAUCGGAUUCAAUAAGAACAUCGAAGAGUUUUCAAAACUUAAAAUCAAAACUUUUGUGCGGAAACCAGUGAAAAGGAACCGACUAUAUAAUGCUAUAAGGGAGCUUUAUCCUUGUGUUGGCGCCUUGAUAAGGUCUCCAAGAACGCCCACUAAUUCAUCAGAAAAAGUUUCUAUAAAGCAUAUGAACUCCGAUAUAGCAAAAGACCACCCCCUGAAGAUUUUAGUCGCGGAGGAUAAUCCGGUUAAUCGGAAGGUUGCAGUGGAAAUACUGAAAUUGAUGGGUUAUGAAUCUGACGUUGUUGGUGACGGAAUUGAAGCAGUAAACGCCAUUCAGAAGCAUAAAUAUGACGUUAAUUACCUGCAUCCUUGGAUCACUAUAGUAUGCCUGAUGGACGUAAAUAUGCCCAAGAUGGAUGGAUUAGCAGCUACUCGAAAGAUUUGCGCCACCUACGAGAAACAUGAAAGGCCGCGGAUUAUAGCAAUGACAGCGAAUGCUAUGCAUGGCGAUAAAGAUGAAUGUCUUAAAGCAGGUUGUGACGAUUACGUAGCAAAGCCCAUUCUUGUCGCAGAGCUGGUCAAUGCUCUAAAAAAGUGCCAGGCACGCACGCACACUAUAUCUUCAUCUCUUAAACGUGGAGCGACUUCUUAUGACGGGAAUGAUGAACUGGCCGACAAAGAAUUCGCAGGGGCAUCUUCCGUUUCAAAUCAGAAUGAUGCGUCAAUUCACUCCGUAACAGCGGUAUCACUGUUACCGAAUCGCAAAAAGCCUAGGAACUUUUAA